AUGAGCGAAUUUUUACUAGUAAAGAACUUGUUCAUUUGUGCCCAUGAAAAAAAUGUAGAAGAGCUGAAAAAGGCUAUGAAUGGGUUAAUUACCAAAGAAUGCGAAGAUAAAGAUAAAGAAAGCAAAAGCCAAACGAAUAAAAAAUAUUACAUUAUCAAAGAUUAUACGGAUGCUAACAAAAAUAAUGUUCUUCAUUUUGCUGUAUAUGGAAAUAACAUCGAAAAUGUAAAGUUCAUAAUUCAAAAUACAGAUUUAAUAAAUAGUAUAAAUAGUGAUAACCAAAACGGGUUAAUUAUAAGCAUACUAAAUAAAAACACAGAAAUAUCAAAAUAUUUGCUAGAAAAUAAUAUAGACUAUAACCAAAAAGAUAAAUAUAGUGCUAGCCCAUUAUUAUACAGUUUAAUAACCCAAAAUUAUGAAAUCUUUAAUAUGCUUAUUGAAAAAAAUGAUAUUGAUAUAAAUGUUAACAGUUAUGAUAAAGGAAAUUUAAUUAGUAUAUGCAUAUUUGAAAAAAAUAUUAAGAUAUUUAAAAAAUUACUCCAAAAAAAUAUUUCACCAAAUGUUGAAAAAAAUCUAUAUCCUCAUCCGCUUGUUUUUCUUAUAUAUACUAAUGAUAAUGAUUUAUUAUUUUUAUAUUUAACAUAUGCAUUAUAUUAUUAUACAAAAAAUGAUAAUUUAUAUGAAAUUAAUAAAAUAAAUUUUGAUACAACAACAGACAAAAUUAUUGUAGAUCUUCAAAAUAAAGAAUUAAUACAAUCUAUCUUAAAUAAUCCAAAUUAUGAUUUUACACAAUUUAAAAAUAUUUUAGCAGUCACAGAUGAAAACAACACAUCAUUGCUCACUCUUUGUGACCAAGCUGGAAAUUCAAUUGGUAAACAAAUAUUGAGUUAUUACUCUCCAUAA